UAGAGCCUUUUAGGCUGUCUUUGCAGCAUUUGCUUUUCUGAUUCCUUAAAUUAACUUCUAAAGUGGAACAGGAGCAGAAAAGUUUAUUAUGCAGGCCUUGACAUCAGUGCCAGAGACUAUUUGGUUCAUAAAAUUGUGACUGUAUUCAAGUUUCAUUGCUUUGGGAUUACAUUUGUUCUAUUUGUUGUGAAAUAGAAUUUACUCAUUCCACAGACCUCAUGCUUUUUUCAGUGACAUGAAGCAUUUAAAUGUCCUGAACAGGUGGACGGGUCUUCAUCAGCUCCUCAAAUUUCAUUAUACGUCAUUCUUUAGUUUACCUUUUAUUUGAGGAACUAGUUCUUCUCAUGGCUUUGAGUAAGAUUCAGUUUGAGUUUCUCAUCUCUUCAACUGUCCAUUUUUUAAAGAAAUUUGACACAGACUAAUGCUGGAAGUGAAGACUUCAGGAAUGACACUUGAAUUGAUCAUUAAAUGUCAAUCGUUUUUUUGUUCAACUUCUGUAGAAAAAAUGUGCUCUUCUUAGAAGUGCUAUAAUAUGGAAAAAGUUGAGUCAUUAAGUCUUGUGUAAUUUCAAGCACUGUAACUUCAAAUAUUAUUAUGAAUACCUUAACAUUUUUCAGUUUUAAACGAAGUAUUUUUAAGACUUCCGCUUAAGUUUAGAGUAGUCCAUAAUUGCUAGAUAUCAGAUGCCAAGGACAGGAAAGGAUGUCACUCUGCGUUAGAUGUAGGUAGGCCAUAAUACUGAUUUAUUUCUUAUUUAUACAGCUCAGGUACAUAAUGUUAUGCCGGUAUUUAUUCAUCUUUACACACAUGAAAUAAUUUAAAAGUAAAGUUAUUCAGAAAAUCAUUGUAGAAAGUUAGGCAGUUGCUUCCUCCUUCCCCUCCCUAGUCCUGUUGAGAGACGUUAUGAUACCUGGGGCAGGAGAGUUAUUUAAAAGUAGUGUUUAAAAACACCAAAAAAACCUUGUCUGACUUAAGGAAGCUUUUUCUGUUACUCUGUCUGUUUGCCUGGAGUUCCUCCUUCUCCUCUUUAUUUAAUUUCAGUACAAGGUUCCUUUUCCUGGGAUUUGUGCUCUUGAAAGGUUUACAGGUUUGUGUCCACUGGCUUCUUUCUCUCUAGAGGAAAUGCACACGUUCUUCAUUCUGAAGAAAGAUCAAAGUUCACUCAUAAAACUGGUCUUCCCAGACUGACUGCGCAACUGCUUUGAAAUGAGAACAUCAGCCUUACAAGCAGCAAAAAUACAAUCACCAGAUCAAACUGAAGUAGCUUGAAGGAAGUAGUUUGCUCAUUAAAAUGGUGAAAGAGGAGAGGCAUCGGAAACCAUGAAUCUUUAUGCGCACAAUCUUCUCUGGAUGGCAGUUCAGAAGACAGCUAGUUAACAAAACUUGGGGUGAUAGCAGGUGAUUUGGCCCAAAAUGUUCAGCACAGCAAGGACAUGACUCUUGCCAGCAACCGCAGUCUGGCAGAAGGCAAUCUUUUGUACCAGCCAAAGUUGGAGUCUUUGAAAUCAAAUUUGACGGAAAAAUAUCGAGAGCUGCAAGUUCUUUUUGAAGCAUACCAGAUAAAGAAAACAAAACUAGACAGACAAUCCAGUAAUGCUUCGCUGGAGACACUGCUAGCACUGCUUCAGACGGAGGGGGCUAAGAUUGAGGAAGACACAGAGAAUAUGGCAGAAAAAUUUCUUGAUGGUGAAAUACCACUGGAUUCCUUCAUUGAUGAGUACCAGAGCAAGCGUAAAUUGGCUCACCUGCGACGUGUAAAAAUUGAGAAGCUGCAAGAAAUGGUGCUGAAGGGACAGAGACUUCCGCAGGUUCAGCCGCAGGCUCAGCCGAGAGCACCUGAGACAACACCAGCACCUCAAGAUUCCUAUACUUCGGAUGCAAACACUCCUCCUUCAGUUGUGCCCCGACGAAUACCACCCCCUCCACCUUCUUCAGUCCCAGCAGGACGCUUUCCUACUCCGUUUACUGCAGCCAUGAGUUCAGGACCAGCUCUCUCUUAUCCAGGUGCUCCGUAUCCUCCUCUCCCCCCUCGACCAGGAGUUCAGUCUGCAAGUCAAAUGCCACAGCCAGGAUACCCAUCUCAGUUUGUACCACAGUAUCCUCCAGCUCUUCCCCAAAGACCACCUCGCCUUCCACCGCAUCCUGGCUUUAUCCUCCAGUGAAUAUUUUGGUGCGCCUAAUUUAUGUAUUGGUGCUUAUAGUUCCUUUUUCUCCCCAUCAGAGACUUAAUGUAGGCAAUGGAAAGCCUCUGCUUUUUGCACAAUGGAGUACAAAAUCCAAGCUGUGGCACAGAGGUUUGCAAUUGCAUUUGGUAAAUGUGAUUAUUUUUGUUUUCAAAUAUCAGUGACAACAAGGUUUUUCUAGGAAGGUGAUAGGGUCUCAAUUUUGUAAAUCUGUCAAAUUGUGAAAAAACAUACAGUGGAUUUCCUGACAUGGCAUAUUGAAUCACACUCUGAAUUCUUUAGUGAUGGUAAAUCAGCGUCCUCUUUUGUUCUGAUGUAUUCUCAUCACAGCUGGAUGUAUGUGUGGCAAACUGGGAGCUAUUUGUCUCUCUAAAGAAUUCUCUAUCAGUACCAGUGUUUGGAUAGAAACAACCAUAUCUGAAUACUGGGCAAAGAGUUGCAAUGGACUGCACGCAUCAGCAUCCUUUGCAGUGUGCCCAGACAACGGCAUUUGUGGCCAGGUGCAUAGCAUUUUCAGAGCUCGCUGAGCUGAAACUCUUGUCAGAAAAUGUUCUAUGGCUUUUAGACUGUAAAAGUUACAAGAGUUUCAUUUCUACAUUUCAGUUAUUACCUUAGACUUUUCAUAAUAAAAGUACACACUCCUCCCACUCCUAAACAGCUUGAUAGACUGAAAGUCCUGGUCUCUUGAAAUUCAGCUAAACUGUUUGUAGAGCCAGUUUAGGGUUUUAUAGACUCUGUACCAGGCAUUUUUAUUUCCUUGCCUAUUAAGACUCUUUCUUAGGGUUUUUUUUUCUUUUCCACACCUUGGAUACAAAAGUGAUUUUUUUACACAGGUGCUUAGUUUUUGAUAUCAUGUGAUUCCAGGAAUCUAGGCAGGGUAUUUUCUUAAUCAAAUACUGGGGUUUCACAUGUAAUUGCCCACUUGAAGCUCCGCAGUUUCAUUUUAUCCCUUAAAGUCAGUCUCUUGCUUGGCAGAACUAUUUUUAACUUUUCCUAUUUCCUUUAGUUUUGCAGUUUUUGGCAUGCAUAUCUAUCUGGAAUUUGCAGUUAAGAUUUCUCUGCAAGCAGGCAAAACAGAAAAGCCUUUUGAAUUCCAUGGUGGCUGUUUGCAUCUUACAUAAUCCAUUCUUGAUUACUUCUUCCACUUGGGGGGGGGGGCAGUUUUUUUAAGGGAGCUCAGAGUUCAUUCUCAACGUGACUCUUGAAGCCUAAGGUGCAGACACGGGCUGGUAUUUUAAUUUAGCAUUGGGGGAAGCAAAUCUUAACACUUGUUGCUUGUGCAGAAUGUGUCCAUAAAUUCAUUAUCAAUUUCUCACAUCCGCAAACAACUUUCAACUAAUUCAUGGUAAUUUAAGAAACUCACAGUCCAGAAUCUGUCACAGCCCCUGCAUUAUUUCAAAACAUUUUCAUAAUCAUUAUCCUGGAAUGCACUACAUUGUUUGGAAGUCUGUACUACAAACAGCAUCAGUCAAAAUAGAACAUCUAUUUUUUUUUUUACGUAAGGCCCUUGACUGUCCCUUAAUCAUUUCCUUUGGAGUGUGGUGGUUGCUAGCAAAUACUAAUCUGAAAUUAAGCUCAUAACAGGAAGCUCUCUAUUCUGCAAAUAUGAUUAUUUGGCUUGUUUUGCCUUCUGAAGACAAAGGGCAGAAGGUUGGUCAGUGUUACUGGCAUCUGAACCAAUUCCCCAGUGUAAGUCUGGAAAGUUUCUAUAGUGGGGGGAUUUUGUGAAGCAAUGUGCAUUGGAUUUGUUUGCAAAGUGUGUUUUUUCUGUAAUCUAGUGAUGGUACAGGAUGUGUUUUUUUUUUUUUAAAUAGUGUAAUAUCUUUUCUUGGUAUUAUUUUCUCACUGAAGCUUCAUAUAAGCAUGGUUAAUUAUGACUUGUUUCCAAGUAAUUUUGCUGUGCUAUUAGUGCUGGUGUUUGGAUGGCAACUGUUGUAUCUGAGUGCUAAACGUAAGGCUGAUGUAGAGAUGAUUUGUGUCCUAGAAAAAAAUUAAAAGUUGGUGGGGGCUACCAGGGUGGUGACUGAGUACAGACGUUCGUACUUUGAGCCUGCUACACAAAAACUCUAAAACACUCUCAAAAUAGUUUUGCUAACAUUUAAUAAAAACAACCAGGUAUAUUUUACACUUAUCAAGUGCCAACUUUUUUUCCGAGGGCUGAAAAUCCUCAGAAGUGAUGGAGGUGAUAGAUAAGUGUAUUGUGAAUUUGCACUGCAUUUUAUGUAUCUAACUUUAUUGGUGGUAGUAGUCCAAAAAUAUUUUUACUACUUGUUACAUUUCUGUCUUUUGGUAACUUUUGUGAUAACAUGACCUUUCAGGGAUACUUUAUCUAAAAACAAACUCUUGUGCAAACUAAAUACAGACAAAGCUAAUGCAAUUUUUCUGUCUGAAAGCAGAACAAUGCAUUAUUGCAUAUGCAUGUGGCUGAUGUGCCUUAGGAUCACUACUUGUGAUUGUAAUACUAGGAUAUUAGCAUUUUUAUCAUUUGAAUGGCCAUUGCUUAACUCUAAUUUAAGGGCUCUUCAAGAGCACUUUUUUUUACAAAAAAAACUCACCCUCAUACUUCAGAAAAAAACAAACGCUGUAUCUGCUAUUUGUAAGCUUAUAGUUGCCUUCACUGAUGGGUAAGUUUGAACAUAGAUAAAGUAACUAAUGUGAUGUUUCAGUUAUAGCAAUCUCGUAACUGAAAUCCAGCUGCUCAUGGAAAACGUUUUGCCAUUAAUUGUGUGUGUGUGCGCACAAACUGUAAAUAAAUACUUGACUGCUGGUGAUGUUUAAAGGAGAAAGAUGACUGUGGAAAGCUGUCUAAAUCCUUUCAGAAACAAGUGUUACAAAACACUAACCUGAAUGAGUUGGGCAAGAGAGGUGUCAGUGCUUUCGACCUGUUGCCCUUCGACAGCUUCUCCUGUUCUGUUAUAGCUAAUAAAUUCUGCUAUGGCUAGGAUGUUUAGAAUCAUACUAAUUUGCACUGUUUAUAAAAUAGUGAGAUUAAAAUGCCAUAGGCAAGCUGAGACUUGAGAGGGAGUGACUCACUAGGCUUGCCAAAAUAUAUAUAUAUUAUUAUGUUGUCUUGAGGAUUUGUAAUGUGUGCUGCAAAUAGCAUAUACUUCCCCAAAGCAAUUGGAGUGCAGAAAAAUCUUUUAAAUACGAUGCGUCACAUGGCUUUAGAGUGUUGGUAGCGUUGAAAAUGCUCUCUUUGGAUGGCAUUGCUUUUGCCAGUCUUUUGUAUGCAGUUUUGUAAGUUGUGACUAAUUCAGUUGUAUGGGGUUAGGGUUGGUUGAUCGAUGAUCAGCAAGGAUGAGUUUCACUGCACUUCAGUGCUCUCUCCUAGAGGAAGUGGAGCCAGUGGUUCUAGCACAGCCGAUCCAAGCCGGUCACCUUUGUAGCAGUGGCCCUGGAGGGACUAUACAGAAUAUACGCUUUUAUGUGAUGCCAGGAGGCAGAGCCCUGGGCACAGUCCAGUCAUGGGUAACCGUUACAUUUAGUGCCCCAACUUCCACAACCUCAGUCUCGACCUCUUUUGGGAGUUCUCUGCCCUCUCAAACUGGAAUAAUGACAGAUACAGAGCUCAAAUCGACAAUUCCUUUAGCCUGGACAUAGAGCUACUUGGCAAACGUUGAGUUCUGAGGAGGUAGAGUCGUCCUGCACCUGAACAGUUCCUCUGUGUAAUCCUGGACAGUCUGAAAAAGGGGCAAUUUUAUAUGCCUAGCAAGUUGUGAAACGUACAGUGGAUUUGUUUGCAUAAUAAGUCUUUCUGUAAUCUACUGUGGUCUGAUUUUAAAUAAAAUAGCAUAUCUCUCUUGG